AUGUAGAUUCUCCUUUGUCUCCAUGUUAUGAUAAUUUAUUAAAGGAAUAACACCCCUUUCUAUAAUAUUAAAGUAUUUUUAAUUACAUAAUUAGCAAAUAGAAAUUGCCUUAGAGAACUAUUUAGAUCCAUUUUAUAAAGUGGGUUAUAAAGCCUAUUCUAAAGAUUGUUUUUUUGAUGAAAAGAAAUAUUCUUAAGAAUUUAUUGAUCAUAUCAAAUUUGCAGAUUUUUAAACCUUUAGUUUUAGUGUUUUAAAAAAAAGUGCAUCUUUUUUUGGAACAAUAAAGACAUAAAUAUAUUUCUAAUACUAAAAGGAUAUAGACCUUAAGAAUUGUGUAUUGACACUUAAUAAUGAUUAAAAUGAAAUUGUAAAAACCAUACUAUAUCAUAUUUUAUGUUUCACAAAAGAAUUAGAUACUUUAAAUCAACCUAUAUUUCAUUGUAUAUUAAUAAUUUUAAUAAAUUUAAGUGUAAAAGGCUUUAGAAAUAAUAGCUCAUUAGGAGUAAACAAUAAAAGAUGAAAUUUAUAUGUAAAUUGUAAAGCAGAUUUAGAAUAAUAACACAUAAUAUUUGAUUCAUUAUUAUUAAUUUAUGGCAGUUUACUCUACUAUGUUCUGUCCAAGCAAAAAUUAUUUUAAACCUUUAUUUAAUUUUUUUUAUCAAAGAAAAGAAAAUAACUCAUUACAUUAAAAUUAUUGUAAUUUUAUUUUAAAUAGAAUUUAUCGCACUUAUAAUACAAAGAGUGGUAAAUUUAAGUAUAAUAUUUAGAUUAAAUAUUUCUAACUGAAUAGGAUAUCAAUAAAGUAAUGCAUAUGAAACCAUUAUUAUAUGAAAUAUCUUUUUAUCAUUUUGCAAAGUUUUAUAUGGAAAUGCAAGUUGAUUUAAAAUGUGGUGAUAUUUUAAAUCAUAUUGCAGAAUAAUUAAAUUUAAAUCAUCGAAACUCUUUAUGUUUAUGUUUAGUAAAAAUAAAUAAAAGAAUAAAUGAAAUUUAUUUAGAUGAUGAAGAUUGUUUAUUCAAAAUUAUUAAAGAUCAUAUUUAAACAUAUAAUAAAACAACAGAAAUUAUUAACACACCCUAACCCUCGUUUAAAUUAGUAAUUAAAUUAAUUAAAAUAUCCUCACCAUAUUAAAAUUUAGAAAUAUUCACCUUAACAUAUAUGAUAGUCAUUUAGGAUUAUUUAAAUGAUGUAACAAUUAUAAAAUAUAUUUUAUAGUUUUUCCCUUUAGAUGAUGAUGAAAUAGAAUUAAUUUGUUCCCUUAAAUUGGCUGCUGAUUAUGGUCCAAAAAAACAUUUAAAAGCUGAAUAGAUUGAUUUGAAUGAAUAUAUUCCUGUAUUUAAAAAGAAUACUUUUGAUUCAAAUGAGAGAUUGAAUAAAAUUAUUUAACUUUAUCAUUAAUCAAGAGUGAUUAAUUCAAGAGAUGCAAGAAAUAAGAUUCUUUAGAUUUUGGAUUAAUACCCUCGUUUCUUAGGAACAACUUUUAAGUGUUCAUUUAAGGAGUUAAAUUAAACUAGUAGCACUCCUAAUACAAAAAUAAUAUUAAAUAUCACUUUUAGAGGUUUGAUAUGUAGUCUACCCUCAGAUUAAAGAGAAUAUAUAUGUCAUAUUGACUAUGACUUAAUAACUAAUUUUAGUAAAGCAAAUAAUAAAACUUUGCAUAUUGUAACAUUAGACAAAUAAAUAUAUUUGACUUUUUUGACUCAUUUAGAAUGCUAAUAAGUUUACUAAUUUAUUUUAAAGCAUGAAAGUUAAAUCUCAUGUAAUGAUUUUAAUUAUACAAAUUUAUCAUGA